AUCGCUCAAACGUAAACACGGAAGUAACAAAUCCAUAGUGAAUGAGCCGAGCACUCCAGUCUUCUGAAACAGAAGCUGUCAGCCUAAAUUGUCUCUGUGUUUUGUUUUACAUAUGUUUACAUAUGUAAUCAAGGGUCAAGUUUGUAUUUAUACACGUAAUCACGCACAUAACCUGAUUCAGGAUCAAGGAGUCCGAUGUGAGGUGUUAUUGCGUUGUUAAAGCGCGCUGGGAGCUCGAUAUAAGAGGUCUGCUAUAAUGCCUUCGCCUGUGGAUGUUAUCGUGGUUGGAGCUGGCAACAGAGGAGAAAAUUAUUCUGACUAUGCUGUGAUUUAUCCUGACCGCAUGCGGGUAGUGGGAAUUGCUGACCCUAGAGAUUUUGCUCGAAAGAAGCUUCAGGCAUGUCACAAAGUAGCUGAUCAAAACACUUUCAAUGAUUGGCGUUGUAUAGCAGAGAGAGAGAAAUUUGCAGAUGCUGUAUUGAUCUGCACUCCCGAUCGUCUUCACAAGGACCCUGCUGUGGCUUUAGCUAAGAAAGGCUACCAUGUAUUGCUGGAGAAACCAAUGGCUGUUACAGAGGAGGACUGCACAGAGAUUGUAGAGACUUGCAUUCAGAGUGGUGUCAUGCUCACGGUGUGCCAUGUUCUCCGAUACGACCCAGUCAUCCACAAAAUAAAAGUGCUGAUUGACAGCGGUGUAAUUGGAGAUGUCAUCCACAUUCAACAUUUCGAACCGGUGGGGUUCUAUCAUUUUGCUCACUCCUUUGUCAGAGGAAACUGGAGAAACGAGGCAGAAAGCUCUUUUGCUCUGUUAGCCAAAUCCUGCCAUGAUUUGGAUCUGAUUCAUCAUUGGGCUGGUGGACGAAGGUGUGUAAAAGUUUCAUCAUUUGGGUCGCUUAGCCACUUCACAAAAGAGAACAAGCCGGCAAAUGCUGCAAAUCGCUGUUUAGACUGUCCUGUAGAGGGGGAUUGUGCGUAUUCUGCAAAGAAAAUCUACCUGGAUCGAGUAAAAAGAGGGGAUGUUGGCUGGCCAGUUUCAGUGAUUUGCAAAAACUCGGUUCCUGAUAUUGAAUCCGUGACUGAAGCCCUCAGAACAGGACCUUAUGGCCGCUGUGUCUACGAAUGUGACAAUGAUGUGUGCUCAAAUCAGGUAGUGACCAUGGAAUUUGAAGGAGGCUUGACUGCCGCAUUCACCAUGGUAGCAUUUACAGAGGAAAUAUGUAAACGCAGAACAUCUAUCCAUGGUAGUAAGGGGGAACUGUCCUAUGAUGGAUAUGAGAUCAAAGUGUUCGACUUCCUCACUAAUAGGACCACAAAGCACACCGCAGACAUGAGAGUUCCAGGCAACUUUGGUAAAGGGGGUCACGGGUCUGCAGAUUAUCACCUUAUCGACUCCUUCAUUGCAGCUGUGAUGAAUAAGGACCCAACUCUGAUUAGGUCAGGUCCUAAGGAGACAUUAGCAAGUCAUAAACUAGUGUUUGCGGCUGAACGUGCCCGUUUGGAAAACAGAGUUAUGUUCUGUGGGAAUCCACGUGAUGGCGAGAGCAGAUAAAUGUAUAUGAGCACAUUGUGGACUUGUUUUACAUUCCACUACAUGUUCACAUUCUCUUUGUUGUUCUAGAUGUCACUUACAGUCUUACAUUGUGAUUUAUUCAGUGAUUUUAGAAAUUGUCCAAAUGUGAUAAAUGUAGAUUUUUUUUUAUGUAAUCGUGUCUGCUUUAUUCAGAAGACUUAAAAAACAGUACAUGUUGAAUCAUGUUUCUUGCAUUUAAUGUGACUUAAAGAUACUUGAAUUUAUUUGUGUAACACCUAAUGUUUUAUAUUAAUAUUUAUCUAGAUCAAGUUAUGUGACCAUGUAUUCAAAUUAAUCAUGUGUAAUUAUUAAUUACCUCAAUAAAAAUAAUCAUAUUUUGUC